UGUUUCCCUGCAGCGCAAUUUGUCAGAGUACGGCUGGUGUCUGCCUGCCUCGCUCCUCUGUACGACACGCAUGUCCGCUCAUUUCUGGACACAGAAGCUGGCUGAAAGGACCGGGCUGUCCGAAAUCUUCAAGCGUCGUUCCGCUCCCCUUCGUCAUGUUGUUAUGGUAGUUUUGAGCUCGCUUGUGUUUUUUGGUUUUUCCUGCUGAAGCUUUUGACUUGACUGGUGGCAAGCAGCAGCAGCAGCAGCAGGAGGAGGAGGAGGUGGACUCGGUUCUUCUGCCAGAGAAGAAAAAAAUACCCAUAACCAUCAGAGAAAGGAGAAAAGAAUGCAACACCGGUGUCGUUUUUGCAGUGAUAUCCACGAAAAGGUGAUUUAAAGUGUCGGACUGCGGGGAUACCGCACAUUUAAGCUUUUUUGUUCUCCUCAAUGCCCGGCCACUGAGAGAGGAAAGAAAGAAGAAAACGGCGCUGCAACGUUACAAGUCGGGGAUCAUCACCUUAGACCCAAGACAGUCCUCGACUUCCAGGGUCUCGCCCUAAAACCCGAGGAACGAUGUCAUCUACGAAAAUCAGGAAGGAUAAGGAGAUCAUAGCGGAUUAUGAGACCCAAGUGAAAGAGAUCCGUAACCAGCUGGUGGAGCAGUUCAAAUGCUUGGAGCAACAGUCCGAGUCUCGUAUCCAGCUGCUGCAGGACCUGCAGGAGUUCUUUCGGCGCAAAGCAGAGAUUGAGCUGGAAUACUCCCGCAGCUUGGAGAAACUGGCUGAGAGGUUCUCCUCCAAGAUCCGCAGCUCCAGGGAGCACCAACAGUUCAAGAAAGACCAACACCUGCUUUCCUCAGUAAACUGCUGGUACCUGCUGCUGAACCAGACAAGGCGAGAGAGCCGUGACCACGCCACCCUCAGCGACAUCUACACCAACAAUGUGAUCGUCCGCUUGGCUCAGAUCAGCGAGGACGUCAUUCGCCUCUUCAAGAAGAGCAAGGACAUUGGGAUCCAGAUGCACGAGGAGCUGGUGAAGGUGACGAAUGAACUAUACACUGUGAUGAAAACAUACCACAUGUACCACACUGAGAGCAUCAGUGCAGAGAGCAAGCUCAAGGAUGCUGAGAAACAGGAGGAGAAGCAGUUCAGCAAGUCUGGAGAUCUCAACGUGAACCUGCUGCGGCACGAGGACCGCCAACCGAGACGCAGUUUUGUCAGGAAAAUUGAGAAGAUGAAAGAAAAGAGGCAAGCCAAGUACUCAGAGAAUAAGCUGAAAUGCACAAAAGCCCGGAAUGACUAUUUGUUGAACCUGGCAGCAACAAAUGCAGUUGUGGCAAAAUAUUACAUCCAUGACGUCUCUGAUAUGAUUGAUUGCUGUGACCUGGGAUACCAUGCUAGCUUGGCACGCACCUUCAGAACCUACUUAUCUGCCGAGUACAACUUGGAGACAUCACGCCACGAGGGACUGGACAUCAUAGAGAAUGCAGUUGACAACCUGGACUCCCGCAGUGACAAGCACAAGAUCAUGGAUAUGCAUAACCAGGUGUUCUGCCCUCCAAUGCGCUUUGAGUACCUUCCACACAUGGGAGAUGAGGUGUGCCAGGUGAGUGCCCAGCAGCCUGUCCAGACUGAACUCCUGAUGCGCUACCACCAGCUGCAGUCUCGCUUAGCUACGCUGAAGAUUGAGAAUGAGGAGGUGAGAAAGACCUUGGAUGCCACCAUGCAAACGCUGCAGGACAUGCUGACAGUAGAGGACUUUGACGUGUCGGACGCCUUCCAACACAGCCGCUCCACUGAAUCCAUUAAGUCUGUGGCCUCAGAGUCCUAUAUGAGCAAGCUGAAUAUAGCCAAGAGGAGGGCAAACCAACAGGAGACUGAAACGUUCUACUUUUCAAAAUUCAAGGAGUACCUGAAUGGCAGCAACCUCAUCAUUAAGCUGCAGGCCAAGCAUGACUUACUGAAGCAGACACUGGGUGAAGGGGAAAGGGCUGAGUGUGGAACUACAAGGCCCCCCACCCUUCCCCCUAAACCACAGAAAAUGCGGAAGCCUAGGCCUCGCUCCGUGUAUAACCAUAAGUUGUUUAACGGCAAUAUGGAGACAUUCAUAAAGGAUUCAGGUCAACCUAUCCCACUUGUUGUUGAGAGCUGUAUCAGAUACAUCAAUCUGUAUGGCUUGCAGCAGCAGGGUAUAUUUCGCGUGCCAGGAUCACAGGUGGAAGUCAAUGAUAUUAAAAACUCAUUCGAGAGAGGCGAAGAUCCCUUGAUUGAUGACCAGAAUGAGCAUGAUAUCAACUCAGUGGCAGGGGUGCUGAAGCUGUACUUCAGAGGACUGGAGAAUCCCCUCUUCCCAAAGGAGCGCUUCCUGGACUUCAUCUCCACCAUCAAGCUGGAGUCUGAAGCAGAGAGAGCACACCACAUCCAGCAGAUUAUUGUGACUCUUCCUCGCACCGUCAUAAUCGUCAUGAGAUACCUUUUUGCUUUUCUCAAUCAUCUCUCCCAGUACAGUGAUGAGAACAUGAUGGAUUCAUACAAUUUGGCAAUCUGCUUUGGUCCGACCCUGAUGCCCAUCCCAGACGGACAGGAUCCUGUUGCAUGCCAAGCGCAUGUUAAUGAGGUCAUCAAGACCAUUAUCGUCCACAAUGAAGUCAUCUUUCCCAGUCAACGCGAGCUGGAUGGCCCAGUGUAUGAAAAGUGCAUGACUGGGGGGGAAGAGUACUGUGACAGCCCCCACAGUGAACCAGGAACUAUUGACGAGGCUGACAAUGGAACUGAACCACACACCAGUGAUGAAGAGGUUGAACAGAUCGAGGCCAUCGCUAAGUUUGACUACGUGGGACGCACUCCCAGGGAGCUGUCCUUCAAGAAGGGAGCCUCUCUGCUUCUAUAUCACCGAGCAUCAGAGGACUGGUGGGAGGGCCGCCACAACGGUGUGGACGGCCUCAUCCCACAUCAGUACAUUGUAGUACAAGACCUGGAUGAUGCUUUCUCAGAUAACCUCAGCCAGAAAGCAGACAGUGAAGCGAGCAGUGGACCACUGCUGGAUGAUAAAGGUUCAUCCAAAAAUGAUGUCCCGUCACCAUGUGAACAAUCACCCGAUUACAACUUUGGAGGAGUCAUGGGGAGGGUAAGGUUACGGUCCGAUGGAGCAGCAAUCCCCCGUCGUCGGAGUGGCACAGAUACACACAGCCCAACCAGAGUGGCUGAUACUCCACCACGGGCUGCAGCCUGUCCCAGUAGUCCCCACAAGGUGUCCAUUAGCAAAGGUCGAAUGGAGAGUCCAGAAAAGAGGCGCCUUGGCACCUUUGGCAGUGCAGGAAGCAUCAACUACCCAGACAGGAAGGCCUAUCCUGAGGGUCACCCUCUGAGACCAGUGCCAGGGGCCACUCGUCACAGCAGCCUCGGGGACCACAAGUCACUUGAGACUGAAGCUCUGGCUGAGGACAUAGAGAAGACUAUGACUACAGCACUCCAUGAGCUGCGUGAGCUGGAGCGUCAGAACACCGUUAAACAGGCCCCCGACGUGGUCUUGGACACCCUGGAGCCCAUGAAAAACCCAGUUAGCUCCGAGCCCGGCAGUCCACUGCAUACCAUUAUGAUCCGUGACCCGGAUGCAGCCAUGCGUCGGAGCAGCAGCUCCACCUCUGAGAUGAUGACCACCUUCAAACCGGCUCUCUCCGCCCGCCUGGCCGGAGCUCAGCUACGUCCACCACCCAUGAGGCCGGUACGCCCGCCUUCCGCUCAGCACCGCUCGAGCAGCUCCAGCUCUUCAGGGGUCGGCAGCCCUGCUGUAACUCCGACUGAGAAGUUGUUUCCAAGUAACAAUACAGCUGCAGGUUCUAAUAUGAAUACGUCGAGUGAUAACGGGGAUAAGUCUGGUACCAUGUAGCAAAGGUGGAAUCCGUUAAGUGGGGAGGUUGUAGAAAAAAAACGCUUAAGAAAAUGAGUGCUGAUGUGUGAAAAUAGAUAUGGAUGUUUUUCUGUCUGUUUUCUGCCUGAUUUAAUUCAUAUAGUCAGGUAGCUCCUGAAGAGAGCCUACAGUAUGUGACCAGGGUGAUGGAGGGUGGAAAAAGCUAUUGAGGUGUGAUGGUGUAAAGCUUAACUCCUAUUGAGACUUGAUUUAACUACAGAAAAUGUGUAUAAGAAUAUAUCGAUUUUACCUCAGUUUCAACAAAAAAAAAAAAAAAUCUGUGGCCAUGUUCACAUUUCUCAGAUACGAUGAAUGCAAGUGAAGAAAUACUUGUGUGAAAUUUAGUAUUAGUUUCCACCCAGCACACGCUGUUCAGUCACCUCUGCUGAUGUGUAUGAAACACCCCAUGUGAACGGGUGUAAACAUUCAGGCUGAAUAUAUCAUGUCUGUUUGCCAUUUAGGUCACAGGUAUUGUGGCUGUACAUAAAAUCUUACUUGACGUCAUCAUGCUUUCUGUUUGUACUAUAAUACCGUGGAUGUUCAGCAAAGUAACAGCUUAGUGACAUUAUAUACGUCUGCAUGCAGGGUUUGGAGAAAACAAGGAAAUCAUUAACGACGACGUUCUCAUUGCAAGAUCAGGUCAUUGCAAGGGUAAAAAAAAAAAUAGUUUGAAACCUUAUUUUCAAAGUGAUAAAGUAAUACAUUGGGAUCUUAAAGUGUUAUAUUUUAAACCUGCCAUGUGUGUGGCUAUUGGUAUCCUAGAAAUUGUACCUGCAGAUAAAAGCAUCCCAGCAUGAAAAUAAUUUCUGAAGUCUUAGAUAUUAAUAAUCAGUUUUACAAUGAAAGUCAUUCUCCACCAUCAUGUACGGUUGGACAGUGGGCACACUUAGCUGUUUCCAUGUUUGUUUGUUUUUUUUUCUAUGUCCUGUAUAUGAAAUGCAGAAAACUAAUGCAUUGACUAAUGUAGGAAUCCUGUGGUAAACUUGUAUAUAAUAACAUAACUAGUAAUUUUUUAUGUGUUAAUCUUGUACAGGCUAAUUCAAAAAAGGCAAAAGGUUGGCUGUGAAUGGCACUUGUUAAGAUAUUUUAUCAUCUUCAGUAAACUUCAAAUGUAUUCUCUGGCUGUGUGAAAUAGAGUUCAAAUCAUUUACCUUGUACUAUGUGCGUAGAAUGUAUUUGGUAAUAGUACUGUAGAAAACUGGUUGCUGUUGAACCGACCAAGGCUGAAUAAAUUUCUCUUUCACUAUGUUUUUGACACACAUGCAGUUCGCGGAACUUGAACUGUUGUCUCUUCAAUUCUGAUUUGGGUGAAUUUUAUUAUUGCACAAGAUAAAUUUAAAGAGUGCAGUUCCUGCUUUAAAUUUAAAAUGUGAUGCUCGCCCAGAGGAACCUGAGAAGAAGAUGUGUCAUGCUGAUGUCCCAGCUGUUUCCUUCCUUCCUCUCUGUUUCUUAUCCCCACUGAUAGUUUUGCUCUGACUGAAAACUGUUCCCUUUUGGUUUUGUUUGUUUGUUUGUUUGUUUAGUUUGAAGAAAACUGAAUAGAGAACAUUUCAGUGUACUUAUCUACUGUACCUCUCUGUAAGUCUGACAGCUCUAGCCCAGAGACCUUGUUAUCCGCAUCCCAAAGAGCCUGCUCUGUUCUGCAUGUUUAGCGCUGUAAUGUCUGACUAAUAUUCUGGGGUGGUUAAACAAAGGCUGUAUGUGGUGCCUUGCCUUGGUAAAACGCACAUUUUGGGUUUUUUUUUGUCCUUAAGAACAGGGCCUUAGCAUUUAUGGGGAUUGGGAAUGAUGAAUUAAGCUGCUUGUUGCAGCUGCUAAAGUAGAACUGAAGACUAUUUUAGGCUUGACUGAGCAUAAGAAACCUAAAUAUCAGCAUGUAAACCAGGCCCUGAUUCCACUGUCAGCUCUGCUAUCAGUCUGCACAUCCUGCAGUGUUACUGAGACACACCGCAAACUGAAAGUAAUUGCUUAAUUGUUAUAGACAGAUGUAUAAAUGUUCAGGGUGGGAGAAGAGGGAGCUCUUACAGCCAGAGAAAGGUAAUACAGCAUUUUACAUCAUACAGUGCGCUCAAAUCCUCCACUGGCUCCCGCUGGUGUUGCCUCCUGAUACCUUCAGCUCACGUGGGCAUUAUGAUUAUGAUCUGGAGCUGAUAUUGCAAUCUCUAAGCUCAUCCAUAUUGUUUUGUUUGUCUGUCCUGGUUACAGUUUUGCACCUGUUGAAAUCUAUGAAGAUAAUGUUUAAAAAAAAAAGCAUAUGUUUAUUGAAAUACAAAGAGAGCACACGCAUUUCAGAAGGUGAAAUUAUCAUUAUAUUUAACUAGACUGUUUUUUUUUUUUAAUUUAUAGACACUUGUGUAAGUGAAGCAGAAGAUUUGAGUGCCUUUUGUGCACAGCAUCAAUUUUUAUUGGACUUUUGUAUUUACUUUUUUAACGGUAUUAGUUGUCAUGUUUAUUAUAAACUGUUGUUGCUUUUUUAUCUUUACUUUCUAUUGCUACUCAGCUGUCAAACAACCAUAAGGACUGAAGAUAUUCCUCUCAAAGAAUCAUCGUGAAAUGCUUGUCUGUGUUUGGGUGAUCGCUGAAGAAUAAAACUGCUGUAUAUGUGAUCUACUGGUGAAGUUCAGUAGAAUCAUCUCAGAAUAUUCCUUUCAUCUCUUUGUUUUUAUCCGUGUGAACUGCCUGUGCUGUCGUUGAGCCGUAACUCACUUAGCUCAUUUCCCUUUCAAAGCAAAAUCAUUGCGGUGUUGUUGGAAACAGCGGGUCUGACAUGGACCUUGCAGAGGUUGCAAGCCCCCUGGUGCUCUCUCUUUAUCCUUACGCGUGAUGUUUUGCAGACGGACACGAGAUGUCAUUAAGGUAAUAAUUCUAAGAAGACAUCGCAGUAAGAGAGCAGAGUGAGCGCCUGCUCGUGUUGUGGGGACCAGGGUGUGAGUUGUUAUCACACUGUUUACUCUUUAAUUGUCUGUCUAGUGAGGCUGUUUGUUGAUGAGUGUCUGGUUGGUUGAAACCCUGUGAUGUACUGUAUGCCAUACCACUGACUGGUUGUUGAAAAACCCCUGCGUCCAAAUAAAAACAUUAUCCUUCUGUGA